AUGAUGAGGAUGGCUUUGCAGCAGCAGCAAGUUAUAUACUGUGGUCGUGGGAAGACAAGAGGAUAUUUGGAGCAAGAACUCGCUAACAGAGAUGUCGAACACGAACUGGAGAUUGCCAAGUUGAAGGCCGAAAUUCAGCGGUUGAGCCAAGCCCAUCCUACCUACUCGGCCAAGGAAACACAGACUGUGGAUAUAGGCGGUUUGGACAAGAAAGGAGACGUGCUGGCUAAAACGAAGGCCGAUUUGAAGAAGAAAGAAUCGGCGUUGAGCAAGAGAGAAGACGAACUAAAGGAGAAAUAG